GGUAGAACGCGCGUGUACCGCGUGCACUUAGUUUAUCGUGUAUCCAGAAAGAGAGAAAGACAGAAAUAGAAAAAAAGAGAAAGAUAAAAGAAAACAACGAGCACGACUCUCAGAGUCUCGAACUCGAGAAGUCUUCGCGAGUCCGGCGAACCGACACACCGCUCACCGAUUCCAAAGUCCGUCGGUAGGCUCAGUUGUCUCCGAACCCCCGUACUGUUCGGAUGUAGCUACUUUUCGAGUUUUAUUUAAGUUUUUUUUCACGUUUACGAAAUUUGCUUGUUUCGCCGUUAUUCGCUGUAUUCUUGUCUCUGAAUCCAUCUUAUUUUUUGAAUUUAUGUUCGUUUUUCACGGACUCGUGUGAUCGUUGUGCGGUGGAACUCAAUUUUGAAGAAAAAGGAAAAAUAAAAAAAACAAACUUGAUACGAACAUUUUACGGAAGGAAACAUAAAAGGAGAAAAGUUUUUGUUCCGUGGUUGUCAAUAAUUCGCUUUUACUAGAAUUGUUAUUUUUUUUUUAUUCACUUUUCCACGGUUACAUUUGAUUGCGUGCAGUCAAUUAGAAAAACGAGAAAAGAAGGCAGAGCGCUGGAGCGGCGAAGAAAUCGAAAGAAACUUGAGGAGAAGAAAGGAAGAAAAUCUCAUCGUUUGAACGAACGAAUAAUCGAGCAUCCUUAACACUAUGAAGACUGCAUAGUAGAUGCUUACGCCUUGGAGUAUUUUGUUGUGAAACGAUUGAAGCAUUUACGAGUCGAUAGUUCUACGAGGACUUUCUAAUCUGCCGUAUAUACGUACAGGGUGUCUCGCAAGGUGUGCCGUGAAUGCUGCGAGUGACAGAUUCCUAAGUCGAAAAUACGUCGACCAGCAUCGUUUUUUCGCUAUGAUUCCUGAGUUUUCAGUUGCACUAAAGUAGCAAACACGUAGAAUGGUAGCCUCACAACACGACGGUACCAGAAGUGUCGGUGGCGGUGGUGGCGGAGACGGUGGAGGCGGCGGUGGAGAUGAGACCGUGUACACGGUGACCGUAAGCGGUGUCGGUUACAGGAACGAGGGUUACAAGGACGACGGUAACGACGGUAUACCUCCUGAGCCGCAGAAACCACCGCAAUUAUCGUCGACGGACGAUGACACACAAUCAAGAAAGUUCAAACUCUCCCGCGGCGAGAAAUGGCGUAUAUUGAAGAACAUUAGCACCGUAUCCGUGGCGUUUAUGGUGCAGUUCACCGCGUUUCAAGGCACGGCUAAUCUGCAGUCGUCGAUUAACGCCAGUGACGGUUUAGGCACCGUGUCCCUUUCAGCGAUUUACGCUGCAUUGGUGCUAUCAUGCAUCUUCGUUCCCACCUUCGUUAUCAAAAGGCUCACGGUUAAAUGGACAUUGUGUAUUUCGAUGCUGUGUUACGCACCGUACAUCGGGUCCCAGUUCUAUCCGAAAUUUUACACCCUGGUACCGGCUGGCGUGCUCCUUGGCUUGGGUGCCGCGCCCAUGUGGGCAGCUCAGGCCACCUAUCUCACACAGGUUGGUGGUGUGUACGCGAAACUCACCGAUCAGCCGGUAGACGCCAUCGUGGUCAGGUUCUUCGGGUUCUUCUUCCUUGCCUGGCAGACCGCUGAACUCUGGGGGAAUCUCAUUUCUUCGCUGGUGCUCAGCGGGGGAGAGUUCGGCAGUGGCAGCGAGAACAGCACCACCAACUCGAACAAGAUCAAGCACUGCGGCGCAAAUUUCUGCGUCCUUGGGAACGGUGGUCACGAGACCUUGGAGCGUCCUCCGGAAUCGGAGAUCUAUGAAAUAUCUGCGAUCUAUCUGUCUUGUGUAAUCGUCGCCGUCAUCAUCGUCGCCCUGUUCGUCGAUCCGCUCUCGAGGUACGGUGAGAAGCAACGAAAAGUCGACAGUCAAGAGCUCAGUGGUAUACAAUUGCUUUCUGCAACUGCUUAUCAACUGAAGAAACCCUAUCAGCAACUCCUCAUACCGAUCACAAUAUGGAUCGGUAUGGAGCAGGCGUUCAUCGGAGCAGACUUUACACAAGCUUAUAUUUCCUGCGCGUUGGGCGUGCAUCGAGUUGGCUACGUAAUGAUCUGCUUUGGAGUUGUGAACGCUAUUUGCUCCUUGGUCUUCGGAUCUUUAAUGAAAUUCGUCGGCAGGCAGCCACUUAUGGUGCUGGGCGCCAUCGUCCAUGUUAGUCUUAUCGUCGUGCUACUCCACUGGAAACCGAACCCCGAUAACCCUUAUGUUUUUUAUUCUGUUUCUGGACUUUGGGGUGUCGGUGAUGCUGUAUGGCAAACGCAGGUGAACGGUCUGUAUGGCACCCUGUUCAGGCGUAACAAAGAAGCAGCAUUCUCAAAUUACAGACUGUGGGAGAGUGCCGGUUUUGUGAUAGCAUACGCGUACAGCACCCAUCUAUGCGCCCGUAUGAAGCUGUACGUGAUGCUAACAGUGUUACUCGUCGGAACCUGCGGAUACAUUGUAGUCGAGCUGUUGCACAGGCGUAAGCAGAAAAGGCUGAAGGCCAUCGCGGAGGAUCCAAAGGCUGCUCAAGCAGAGGCGAAUCAAGUGGAGGAGACGGACGAUGAAAAGGACGAUAUCGACGACGAUAUCAUUAUAACUCAUCUCUGAAACAACAUCGUGCACCGACGAGGAAUCUCAUCAGUGACUUGAUCGACUCUUCUCUUUUAUUCUUCCUUAUUGCUUUUUUCCUAUAGUAACGAACAUGAUUACACCAGCGGCAAAUGUAUAUGUAUGAUACAUCAUCCGAUCCUCGAUCAUCUCUGAACGAGUGAUCAAAAACCCGUCGUGGAAAAGUAUACCAUGAUUGUUACCCGUUUAUAGGAAGCGUAAGGAUAAAUAUUUUUCUUUGGAAGAAUGUAGAACAGAAAUUAGAUAAGAUCGGUGAUACGAGUAGGGUCGCGAAUCGAAUUAUUGUUUUUAUUAUUCGUAUUGCUGAUACGACGUGAUUAAAUUGUUGUACAUUCGUCUUAAGAUGAAUCGUGGCUAAAAAAAAAAAAAAAAUAUCGCAGGAUAUGAUAAGAUAUAUAGCCUAAGAUGCUCUUAUUAGAGCGCUUUUUAAUAUUCUUUUUCGAAUUUUUUUUCCCCCUCCCUUAGUAGAUUGUUUUUAUUAAUUCCAUAACUCUAUAAAUUUCAUGUUAAACACAACGCCUCGUUCAAUCGUCACGUUAUAUAUCGUUGGACUUAUUGCCCACGUGUUUUUCCUUUUUUUCUUGCAUCGAAAAACGAAAAAGACAAACACAUGUAACGCGACGAAGCUCGCGGACCAUUGUAUUAGAAACACGUUCCUUCGGUUCCACCGGUUUUGGAAACCGAAAAAGUGUGAAAGAAUGAAAAAGAAAGAAAUCGACUCAUACGAAAUUGAUGAGGGAUAAGGAAAUGCGCGAAAUGUGUAUUACUUCGUGGAUGUGUUGUUAUGCAGUAUGUAUCAUUUUGUAGAGAUUCUAUACGACGAUUCCAUUGUCAACAAUAAAACGAAUUGCUUGCCUUCACGGUGCUAGAAGCGCGUUCCGAUGCCAUAAUCGUUUUUAUGCGUUUUAUAUCUAGCGUUUAUAUCUUUGAUCUUCACUUAACUGUAAGUUUAUUGAUUAAAAAAAAAAAAAAAAAAAAAAAAAGAAAAAUAUGAAAAUAAUAGAUAUUGAUGUAAAAUGAUCAUUGAGAACGGCUUCAAAUAUUUGAUAAUAGAUUAUUAGAUAAGUUUGAUCAAUUUUAAAAUAGUACAAAAGGGAAAAUGAUUAAGAAAAAUAAUAAUCUAUGUUUAAUAAACGUACAUAUAAUAGAUGAACACGUAAAAAAAGGUUAAUAAUUCGUUAAACGAAUUUGAAAUAAUCCUGUAUUAUUAUAUGUAUCUAUAAGAUGUUAGAUCUACCCAUUGCUACUAUGUGGAAGCGCUUCGUAGCAACUUGCCAUUAAGUUUUAUCGGAAUUGUGUCCCAGUUUUGUGAUAAAAAAUCGGAUGCGUUCCCAUAAGGAACGAUUCGAUCGUGAAUCCGCUUAUCUUGUAUAUAUAUUAUGGAUAGCAAUUGUAUUAUGCGGUGAAAUGGAUAUUCCAUUUGAAUGCGUUGUUUUCUGGCUAAGCGAAGCCAUGAUUUUUAAAACUAUAAAACGGGCCGAUUUCGUGUCUUCAUUGUUUUCUUUUUUUUUUUUUGUAUUAUGAUUACAGAUGCACUUGGAUCAAAAAUGCCACUUGGAUCAAGCCUGUCAGAUUUUUAUUUUUAUGAAAAAUUUAAAAAUUCGAAGAAAAGAAUUCGAAAUAAAAUAAACUCUUUUCUUUUGAUUCGAUUAAAUCAGGCUAGGUUUGUUGUGGAAAAUAGGCCGGGAUUGUGCAUCUGCAUUCGAUCGAUGAAACAAAAUGUCGAAGAAAAAAAUAACUCACGAAGAAAUAUUCUCAAAAGAAACAUUUCAUGUUUUUUUUUACCAUCGCCAGAGAGUACCAUCCACGAGAAAGAACGUAGAUCGUUAAAUUGUCCGAUGCGUUCCUCAUGUUGCAUCACGAAAUGCUCCCAAUUGUCAGUAUGAUCGAAAUCACCAUUAAGAAACGUAGGAACGAAAUCAUAAUUAAGCAUGAUCUUAAUUACACACGUUAGAAACAAUAACGAAAUAUUAAUGACGUAUUAGUUAUAGAUUUAAGGAUCAUUGUAGUCGAUAAUUUAACGUUAAGUAUUCCACAAAAUUUAUUUUUCAUAGAUAGAUCCCUUGUUUCUUUUCUUUCUUUCUUUCUUUUUUUUUUUCAGAUUAAAAAAAAAAAAAAGAAAAAAAAGAACUGAAAGCAAAAUGGUUAUUAUACAUAUAUAUGUUUAUCUUUUCGCGAAAAUUCAUAAUCGGUUAUAAGUAUGAAGGGGAAAAAAUAAUGUUGUUUUAUUCAUAUAAAAUAAUUCUAAAAGGAAAAAAAAAAGAGACUCUAUCAUAAAUAGAAUAUUGAAUCAGUAUUUUAUUGCCCGAAUUCAAUUGUAUUAUGCGGUAAUUAAUUAACGAUCGUUCGAUGAUCACGUAUGAUGAACAUACUGACCUAUUGUAAUAUCGUCCCUCUCAACAGUAUGUUAGUACUUAUUCCGUCCAUCAAUCGAUAAGAUUGCUCAAGAAUCUUUAACAUAAGAUUAGAGUAUCAAUAAAACGUAUGUCGUACUUAUAUCUUUUUAUAUAUAUAUAUACAUACAUAUAUAUACAUAUAUAUAUAUAUAUAUACGCAAAGCCAUUCCGAUGGUUUAAAAAUGUAUAAUUUCCAAAGAAAUUAAUGACUUUAAUUAGCAUUCUUAUUAACGAAAGAAAAAAGAUGAGCGUCGCUCAAAGAAAGCUUCACGAAUCAUCUAUCUUUCAUCGAAUGGCUGAAAUUUAUAUUGUUAACUUUCUCUUUUCUUUUUCUUUAAUAAUAUAAUAGAUUAUAAAGAAACGGAUCAGAAACAUACAUAUUUCUCUUUGUACAAAAGGAGGAUGAAUCUUUUGCGGAAAGUAUUAAGACAAUACUCUAUACAAUUGUAUAAAGAAAACUUUCACGUGCAUCGUGUUGUUUUCCUCUUUCGAUGAAUCGAAAGCAAUAUUUCAUUACAAAGUUUGUAACAGACU